AUUCUGGAGGUCCGGCAUUUGGAGUAGAGAGGGGUUUCUGCUACCUGGGUGAUUCAAUAUAUUCGCGUGAGAAAGCACGCUAGGGUAAGCACGGCGUUAAGGGGUCUAAGAGCUCGAAGGUGGGACCGGGGUUGGGCUUGGGCUUGUCAUUUGUUUGUAUGGCGUGCGUUGGGAGUAUCGGCGCAGGAAAUAGCGGACGUCGGACAUGGAUAGUAGUAAUUUCGAUUACCAUCACUUGCGCUACGAUGCUCGUGUAUAUGUGUAUGUUUGUGUUGACAAAGAAACAGCUCCUAUCCGGAUUGUGUAGUCCAUACAUGGUGUUCCUCCUUGUCUACCCCCCACCCCCUUUCGCCAAGCUCAUAAUCGUGACAUUCUCAGCACUCCGAGCCUCAGCCCCACGCUAUUCCCCAUAACUCCUUUCUCUUCCUCUGCCUCCGUACUUUAUUUCCGCCCUCAUACCUCCACUAGACCGCACCCCUUACAGGAAGAAAGCAAGGCACA